AUGUUCACACUUGUGCUGAGGCAGGUCAAAGUGGAGUUUGCAGACUGCAAAGGAGAGUCGGCGCCUCUGUACAGCACGCAGGACGAACACUUUCGGGUGCUGGCCGACGGGACUGUGCUGGUGCGGCACCACACGCAGCUGCGUGGGCCCGAAAGGACUUUUGCCGUGAAUGCCUGGGAUUCCUCGGGGGCCAAAUCCUCCACCUUGGUUACCCUGCAAAACAAAGGCCAUCCUUCUUCACAGGAAGAGUCCGGCCGAGCGGAGGUGCUGCAGUUCCCCUUGGUGAAGCCCGGUCUGAAGAGGCAGAAGAGGGACUGGGUUAUUCCUCCCAUAAGAGUGCCUGAAAAUGAACGAGGUCCCUUCCCAAAGAAGCUUGUUCAGAUUAAAUCCAACCGGGAUAAAGAAACCAAGAUUUUCUACAGCAUAACUGGGCAAGGAGCGGAUACCUUUCCGGAGGGGGUCUUCAUCAUUGAGAAGGAGACCGGUUGGAUGAAGGUGACGCAGCCGCUGGACAGAGAAAACAUAGACAAAUACCAUCUUUUAUCCCAUGCCGUGUCUGAGAAUGGCAAGUCCGUGGAGGAACCGAUGGAAAUCAUUGUCACAGUGACAGAUCAAAAUGACAACAAGCCUCAGUUCACCCAGGAAGUCUUCAGAGGAUCUGUCCUGGAAGGAGCAACCCCUGGGACAUCCGUGAUGCAGGUCUCGGCCACCGACGCCGACGAUGCCAUAGAAACCUACAACGGGGUCGUCGCUUACUCCAUCGUGAGCCAAGUUCCAGAGGAGCCCCACAAGCAGAUGUUUGCCAUCAACCGGGCGACAGGAGCCAUCAGCGUGAUUGCCAGCGGUUUAGACCGAGAGAGAGUGAAAGAGUAUAUACUAACCCUGCAAGCGGCCGACUUGGAUGGCGAAGGGUUAACCAACAGCGCAACGGCCAUAAUAGAAAUCGCAGACGUGAAUGACAAUGCACCAGAAUUCAAGCAACAAAUGUACUCAGCCGAGGUACCGGAGAACGAAGCGGGUUUGGAAGUCGUCAGGCUGGCGGUCACGGACAAAGACGAGGUUGGGACGCCCGCUUGGCGGGCCAAGUACACCCUUGUGCAAGGCAACGAGGGUGGUUUCUUCACCAUUGUGACAGAUCCAGAGACCAAUGAAGGCGUGCUGAAAACAGCAAAGAGCUUGGACUUUGAAGUGAGGAAGCAGUUCACGCUGCAAGUAGCCGUCACCAACGAGGUCCCCUUUGUGGUCAAGCUCCCAACAUCCACGGCCACCGUCACCAUCAACGUCAAGGAUGUGAACGAAGCCCCCAUUUUUGUACCCCCAGUCUUGAAAGCCCAAGUCUCUGAGGACAUCCCAGUCGGGCAGAAGAUCACAUCAUUCACAGCUCAGGAUCCAGACAGGAUGCAGCCCCAGAGGAUUCGGUAUUCUAUAGGAAACGACCCGGCUGGGUGGCUGCACAUCCACCCGGAAAACGGCAUCAUCACAGCCCGCAGCCCUUUGGACCGGGAGUCCCCAGCUGUCCAGAAUGACACCUACAGAGCCAUUGUGCUGGCUGUGGAUGAUGGAAACCCCCCAGCUACCGGCACCGGCACUCUCCUGCUGACUCUGCUGGAUGUCAACGAUAACGGGCCUGAACCUGACCGGUGGAGGAUCACCGUCUGCAACACCAACCCUGCCCCCCAGUAUUUGCAGAUCCUGGACAGGGACCUCCCUCCCAACACUGGCCCGUUCCGUGCCGAGCUUGCCCACGACUCGGAUGAAAACUGGGCUGUAGAAAUGGACAGCAAAGGGGAAACGGCGAUUUUGAAACUGUUGAAACCCUUGAAGCAAGAGACGUAUGACGUUUACCUCCAACUCUUUGACAACCAGAACAAGGCUCAGUUGACGGUGCUCAAGGCCACCGUCUGCGAAUGCGAGGGGCCGGUCGAGCAUUGUCCGCCUGAACAGAAUCUUGGCGUCGGGGCCCCCGUCAUCUUGUCCAUCCUGGGAGCCAUCUUGGCCCUGUUGCUCCUGCUGCUGCUCCUGCUGCUCUUCGUGAGGAGGAGGAAGGUGGUGAAGGAGCCGCUGCUGCUUCCCGAAGAAGACACCCGGGACAACAUUUUCUACUACGGAGAAGAGGGCGGUGGGGAGGAAGACCAGAUUGUGGUUUUUAGCUGCGUUUGGGUUUUUAAACAACACCACCCAUUAUGCAAGCAGGCUCGGAAUCCGUCUUGGGAUCCAGACAGGAGGAAGGAAGGAAGGAAGGGCGUGCUCGUUGUCAACCUGACCCUUUCUCUCCCCCUCCCCAAGAACCUGAAGGCGGCCGACACGGACCCCACCGCACCCCCCUAUGACUCCUUGCUGGUGUUUGACUACGAGGGCAGCGGCUCGGAAGCCGGCUCCCUCAGCUCCAUCGACUCGUCCAGCUCCGACCGGGAUCAGGACUACGACUACCUCAAUGACUGGGGCAGCCGCUUCAAGAAGCUGGCCGACCUGUACGGAGGUGGCGAGGAAGAAGAAGGGGAGGACUAAGGAGAGGGGGGGGUUGGAGGAGGAGAGGAAGGCUCCCCGGGUCCUCUUCCUCUUCCCUGGCAAGUUUCCUCUCGUACCACCUGCUGUCUGGUCUGCCAAACUGGGUGGCAUCUCGUCAGUGGGUCCUCAGUGGCCUUGGGGCUUUGGAGAGGCCCCUCCAUGGAUGCCUUUGAGAAGGAGGCCCUGGACCACCACUACCCCCCGGGGCUGCCUGUGUGCCGAUCCGCCUGGGAAAGGCUUCUGAGCCCAACGCGUGGCCAUUUCUCUCUCCCAACCCCCUCUGAACUGUCUGUGACGGGUGCCUCGAGAUGAAGGUGCUGUCCCGUUGCUGAGGAAUCCGAGGCACACGCCCCCCCCAGUUCCACAUGCCGGGGGGGGGCAGAAGAUGCCCAGUGCUUGCUGCUGAAGCUGGCCUGCAUCGGAAGACUUCACGGAAGAAGCAAGGAUGGACUUGUUAUUGUGUGUGUGUGUGUGUUUGUGUGCCAGUAGGGGAGGGAGAAGCAGGACCAAGGACUUGUCCUGAGAGGUGUGUGUCUUGUGGUAGAACCAACCUGCCCCAGGCGCUUCCUGCCAGCCAACUGGCCAGCCUGCCCUUCUCCUGGCGAGGCUUCACAAGCGCUGCCCAACCCUCCUCCUGGAAACUCUUAGCUGCCUUUUUUUUAAAAAAGAAAGAUAUGCAUAUCCUAAGUGUUCUUAGCCGAGUUGGAGUUUUUUGUACUACGUAUGAGCUAGUCUCUGUGAUGAGCUGAAAGGAUUUGAAGAAUCAGGGUGUAAAGUUUUAAUAAAGGAUUUUCUGUUUUUUUUUCUUUUUAA